AUGCAUUUCUCCACGGCCACACUCCUUGCCCUCUCCACCCUGAGCCUGACUUCUGCUGCGCCCUUCGCGGGUCCCCAGGAAGACCUGUAUGGCCGCAAGGUGAACUACGAGAUUGUCAACGUCGGUGGCGAGUCCAGCUCUGCCGCUCCUGAAAUCGACACUGUGACUGAGACCGUCAAGUCCGUUGUGACUACUCCCGGCGCGGCGCCUGCGCCCAUAACCAUCACCGUGACUGCCACUCCCUCCAGCACUCCCUACUCGUCCGCAACUCUCAGCUCGACUCCAUCGCACGCUUUUGCUCCCGGAGGCUCGUCCUUCUUCCCUCCCGGCGCAGGCUUCCUUCGCCGUGGCUUGAACGCCGCUGGUGACCCGUACUACUUCGCCCGCAGCUACAGCUCGGCUGCUUCAAGCACUUCCAGCCCCGUUUCUGCUACUUCUCUUGCUGCCCGCGGCUACGCUGGCUGGGCCUCCGCUACUCCCUCCGCCUCCAGCAUGUCUGUCUCCGCUACUCCCCUCGCUGCCCGCGACUACGCUGCCACCUCCUCCAGCGUGGCCUGGAGUUCCACCCCCUCUCCCAACCCUCUGGGUCGUCGUGCCAUCCGCAACCAGCACUGGUUCAGCGCCGCCUCGGCUUCCAGUUCCAGCUACUCCCUCUCGCCUUCGGCCACCCCUCUGCUUUACUAA